UUGCUCGUCGAAAGCUGUGCAUGCUGCGGAAGCGACGGCAUCGCUCGUUGCCCCAUUAGCAACAACAACACAUCGAGCAUUGACACACCAUUCAACACAGCAACACAGCAACAACAAGGCCGCACUGCGUGCGGGACUGAGGCUGAGGUUGGAUUUGAAGUUGGGGGUUUUCCGGCGGCAAAAGUGCGUUUGAAAUUACCAAAGUUGUCCCAAUUAAAGGGUGCAGCGCGACUAACAAGUUCAAGUUGGGUGUUUCGCCGUGCGAGCGACGCGUUAUCCUUGCGAACUCCUUUGUGCUCGCGGAAACUGGUGCGUGGCGGGCGUAAAAUUCGCCAGUGACUCCGCGUUAAGUCAACUGCUCCUGCGAACUACUGCGAGUGCGAAGGCAGGUUGCAGCCAACGGUGGCAAAAAGUAAACGCGGAAACGUAAACCGAAACCGAAACGCCAGAGCCGCCAGAGGUAUUGAGAAUCCGGGAAAUCGAGAACAGGCAUCGGUAGUGACAACUGUGAAAUGUGCGGCAGCAUUGUCGUUUUGCCACCACUUUGACCCAAAUCGCAUUGCAUUCGCGUUGUGCCGGAGUGCGGGCUCUGCGGACGCCUAAUGGCCUAGUGCAUGAUCGAUAAGCACCAAUCGAAGCUCGCGAGUGCCCCACAGCUAGACAUACAAAUACGAGAUCCUCCAGCAACUGGAAUCCUCCAAAGCAUCCGUUCCGGGCUCAGCCGCACCUGGUAGCGAUAGUAGUGAGGACGCAUUCCCUGGCUGCUAACAACGGACGGAGGAAGGACCCUCGGAGGACAUCACGUUGAAAACGAUUCAUCAUCGGCACUACGCUUCCGACAUUGUUCUUCGCAGGAGGCGGCAAGGAGGCAGAACAUCCACUAGAGCAAAUUGAAUGUAAUUUCAUAAAAAGGCGAGUGUUAAUUUUUUGCCAGCCACACAAUACAAGAUAGAUACAGCCAGUGUUACACGGACCCCGACGUGGCUUAAUGUGCUAACACGCAGUGACAUGAAAAAUGAUGAAGACCGUGCUGCUUGUUUCCGCACCGACUGAAUAGAGAGGGAAGCCUCGAAGAAAGGAGCUGCAAAUUUGUGAGGAGAGCGAGCGGCGGAUAGCGCAUUGUGACUCGCAGGACAACAACGCAUUGACAGCCGACGGAGACACGGAGCUGGCAAAAAAGGCUGAGCUGCACAUCGCUAUCGGACCAACAUCAUUUAUCAGCGACGCAUCGCAUCCCAUCGCAUCAACUAGCAGCAGCAGCAGUAGCAGCAGCAGGAGCAACCCGGCGAGGCAUAUGUGCGCCGGAGAUGCCGGCAUUGUGUGGUUGCCGUAGCUGAAAGGAUUCAGCGCGUUCAUUCAAAAAGCCAUUAACCCUAAUAAGCAGCCACAAAAGCCAGUCAGACAAUACGAUCCGCCCGCCCAUCGAUGUGCCAGGACAAAGGGCGCGGACAGUAGGCCGUCAUCGGAGGAGAGGAACAACAGGGAAAUCACGGGCCUGGCGAGCAAGGGAGCAAGGAUGCCAAUGGUGCCGCCACGGCUGCUGCUGCGUCUGCGGCGGCCCCUGCACCUGAUGGAACUGCGCAUCCUGCUGCUCUGCCUGCCGACGCUGCUCCUGGCCACCACCCUCGAGCCAGAUCAAAAGUCAAUACUCACAGAUAACGAUUGGAAGAAGCUAUGGAUGCGCGGCGGUAUAAAUGGCGACUCAAAAUUGGAUAAUAAUCUCGACUCGAGCGACAGUCCAAUGUUUGAAGACAGUGAGAUGGCGCACAACACCACAGUCCAGCUGGGCGGCACCGCCUUCCUGGUCUGCAAGGUCUCCGGUGUGGACAGAGUGGGUGUAAAUUGGAACCAAAUAUCUUGGAUCCGCCGCCGGGACUGGCACAUCCUGUCGUCGGGGGCCCAGCUCUACACCAACGACGAGCGAUUCGCCAUACUGCACACGCCCGGCUCCAACAUGUGGACGCUGCAGAUAAAGUUUGUGCAGCGCCGGGAUCACGGCAUGUACGAGUGCCAGGUCUCGACACCGACUGGCAUCAUUUCCCACUUUGUGAAUCUUCAAGUGGUUGUUCCAGAGGCAUUCAUCCUGGGCUCCGGCGAGCUGCAUGUCGACAUGGGCUCAACAAUCAAUUUAGUUUGCAUUAUUGAAAAGAGUCCUACACCACCGCAGUACGUGUACUGGCAAAAGAACGAUCGCCUGAUCAACUACGUCGACUCCCGGCGCGACAUAACCAUUGAGACGACCCCGGGACCCCGCACUCAGAGCCGUCUUAUCAUCCGGGAACCGCAGGUCACGGACUCCGGCAACUACACCUGCUCGGCCAGCAACACGGAGCCGGCGAGCAUCUACGUCUUCGUUUCGAAAGGCGACAAUAUGGCGGCAAUCUCGCGGCGGAAGACCUCCUCGGCCGAUCGCCUGACGCACAUAUUUAGGUCGAUGCUGGCGCCCUGUCUCCUGCUGAACACGGUUGUUGUGAGACAUAUCUUCCUGACCUAAGCGGACCAACCUGCUGGCUGGCGAGGCGAACGGAAGGACGGAAGGACGGCGGCGAGGAAAUCCUAUUUAAGCUAUUUCAGUGUAAGAACUACGGCAGCCGAAACAGAGUUAAUAACUGAAUAUCCCCAGUCUAGGAUAAUUGCUAAGCUAAGCUCAGUAAGAGAUGCGCACUCAAGUGUAAAAAUCAUGUUAAACCAAUCGUUGCUGUGUACUCGACAGUUAGUUACCCAUGCAUCCACGCCGGCUUGGAUGAAAAUUGGUUAUGUUAAUAACCUUCUUCCCAUUGAUUUUGUACAGUAUGUUUAAGGACUUCAAAGUAUGUGAGUUUCUUUUUGCGAGUUGCCGCUCGGUUAGAUUUCCACGGACUCCUCAUUUACCGCCAUCGAUGUUAUGUUAUGUAUAUGUGUAGUGCAAUUUCACCGAGUGAUUUCGGUGAGCAGCUGAAAGCUUAAACUUAUUUUACUUACUGCCUUUGUUCGGCCAAGAUCAAUGCUUUGCGACCCAAAAAUGUUUACUGCGAGCGGAAAUUGCAUAAGUAGCCAAUUUAAGUCCAUUUAAUGAGGUACAUAUAUACACAAAUAUGAACAAAAUGGCAUUAAAGCGAUAUUAUAACUGUUACUAAUGGCUAAUUGAAAACUAAACAAAAAGCAGCGGGCACGUCCAGCCCAAAAGCCAAAAGGGGGCAUCAUCCAGAACGUUAACGAGCAUAAAAACGAGAGCAUCAACCCUUAUUAAUUAAUUAUGUUAUUAAGUUUGUAUAUACAUUUUAUUGCAAAUGGCACACCACUCACACGCACUCACAAGGGCUGGAAAAUUUAUUCAAAUUGUGUAAAUAAAAAGGAAAUCAUGCAGCUCCAACCACAAGGCACACAGCUGACUGAAAAUGUGCAAUAUACCCACAUUACCCUUACUGCCCAUGCAACCCUGGGCCCGUGGACGGAAAGGGGAUGGCGAGCUGGGCGGACAUGAGGUACGAGAGUAUGCGAACACUUUAUGGGCUUCGAAACUGUCAAAAUCAAGCUGUAAUUAAUUGCAAAAGCACACAGGAGAGAGUCGAGCGGGUCGGGGCAAACCCUAGCCAUAGUGUCGAACAAUGGAUAGUGUACAUUCAUCAGUCUGCCAAAUCGGAAAAUUGAAAAUAAUUACUUUACAAGCAGAUAUCUAGCAUGGUAAUAUAAUUAAAUUCUCCACAUCGUACGCGACCUCUGACCUGGCACUGGCCGGGCACAAAGUGCCGCAGUAUCCAGCGUUUGGGGUAUUCCAGUCUUUGCUUGGUGCUUGGUGCCGCCGAGCUGAGACACCUCAAUCAUGAAACCAAAAUCUACGUAACGAAUUAUGUACAACUCUCGACUGUUCAAUAAACUUAGGCUGGCUCCAAAUCGGCUGCAGGCUGCACCACUUACAUAGAUUACAAUACGAGUAUAGAGGAUCCGCUGCAGUUCAAAUUGAUGUGCUGGCAACCCUGGCCGGCCUAGUAACUGUCAUUCGUUCAGUGUCGUCGGUACGUAAUUUACAAACAAACAAAGAAAGAAAGGAACAAGCAAACAAACAAAGAAACAAACACACACAACAAAGAAACAGACGAACAAACUGUAAGGGAUACCAUUUGAAGUUUGAAUAGAUUCAUUAGAGCGAACCCACAGCAAACCUAAAAUCGUAGCUUAAUCAUUAAUAAACUAUUGAUAAACAAAACUACUAAGCGAUUCCACACCCUCCUUGAUGUGUCUGUAUGUGUAUGCGUAUGUAUGCCCAAAGCCCGUUGGACAAUUUAAAGGUUAAAGUUAUUCGAUUCCAUUGAAAUAAAAUGAAUUAAACGAAGCAUUUAGUUGACUUUUACUGUUAAGCAUUUCCACUGUAAAUAUUUUGUACUUACAUAUGUAUUGUAUAUCGAAUGACCAGCUAUGGCCCUUCGUUAAUUAAUGAAAAUCACAAGCGAAAACAAAGAAAAAUGGAGAUAGGCUAUUGUACUCUUGGUGUGGAAACAGCAAAACUAAACCGAAAACCCAUAUAGGAUCAUUCAAUUGUUUUCAAUGUAAGUGCUCGAGCAAAUAACUGUAAAAUUUCAACUUGCAACCAUUUGACGAAUAUGAAUUUAAUAAUAGUACAGAUAUGAACAAAUCCAAAUAAAUAAAUCCAGGGCCACAAACACAAAGAAAGUUGCCGACAAAAAUAACAAAGCAGCACUGCGUGGCUAACAAUACGAAUGCAUUGAAAUAAAUCAAGUGAUUAUCAUUGAAAAAUAAA